AUGCCAAGAUUAAAUUCAGCGGAAAGCUCUUCCACUGUUACAGAUGGAUUCUUUAAGCGUACAGUACAGAAAGGUGCAAAAUAUGUGUGUCUGGCUGACAAGAACUGUCCCGUAGAUAAAAGGAGGAGGAAUCGAUGUCAGUUUUGCCGUUUUCAGAAAUGUCUAACUGUUGGAAUGGUCAAAGAAGUUGUACGAACGGACAGUUUGAAAGGACGAAGAGGCCGGCUUCCAUCAAAACCGAAAAGUCCCCAGGAGUCGCCACCGUCACCUCCAGUCAGCCUCAUCACAGCUCUUGUUCGCGCCCACGUUGACACUUCCCCCGACAUUCCUAACCUGGACUACAGUAAGUACAGAGAACCAACGGGUACGGAGAGUCCUACACCCGAAUUAGAAAGAGUUCGUCUUUUCUACGACAUCCUUGUAUCUUCAGUUGAUGUGAUGAAGGGGUGGGCAGAGAAAAUACCCGGGUUCCAUGACCUGUGUAAAGAAGAUCAAGAAUUACUAUUCCAGUCUUCGACUCUGGAACUCUUCGUAUUACGUGCAGCUUACAGAAUACAACCAGAUUCUGACAAAAUCAUCUUCUGCAAUGGUCUCGUAUUGCAUCGGUUACAAUGUCUACACAUGUUUGGAGACUGGAUCAACUCAAUUAUUGAAUUCGGAAUGUCCCUGCAUCGCAUGACCCUUGACAUCUCAUCUCUAGCAUGUAUGGCAGCUUUAUCAAUGAUAACACUUCGUCACGGUCUGCGAGAACAGAAGAAAAUGGAAGAUCUCCAAAUGAAGAUUAUCGACACAUUACGAGACCACUGCAUCUAUAACAGUGAAGCCCAGAAAAAACCUCAUUUUUUCUCACGUAUUCUCGGCAAGAUAGCCGAACUGCGUUCUUUGAGCCGAGAAGGAUUACAAAGAUUGUUCUAUUUUAAAUUAGAAGACAGCAUGAAAGUUCCAACUGUAAUCGAAGAUCUUUACUUGAAUAGCCAUUUACCAUUUUGAAACAGAAGAAACAGUAAAAAAAAAAAAAGACAAAAAAGGAAAA